UUUUAUCUCCCCCUUCCUCUCCUCUCUUUCCAAAUCCUCUCUCCGUCCAUUUCUUUUCUUUACCUUUCUAGUCAUGCCCUUUCUCCCGUCCCUCCCCUCACUAGUUUCCGAUAUCUCUCUCUAAACUUUUCUAAUCUUAGAAAAAUAUAGUAAUAGCAGAAGAAGCGGGAGAAAGAGAGAAAAAAGAGAGAGCGAGAGAGAUGUCGUUGGGGAAGAGGCCGAGGCCGUCGAUGUCGAUGAUGAGGCGGACGGCGAGCCUGACGGAGUUCGCGCCGGAGUUCCUCGCCGACGGUAGUGAGUCCCAGCCGCGGCCCAAUCAGGAAGCGACGCCCCACCCCCACCCCCACCCCCACCACUCCCGGGAGCGGGCGCGGUCCGAGGCAGCUGCGGCGCCGGCGGGGGCGCAUCGGGCGUACGGCGGGGCGGGGGCCGNCCUCCCGUCCCCCCGCCGCUCCGCCGCCGCCGGAAACCGCCGGAGCUCCGCCGACUUCGCCGCCGUCGAGACGGCCCCCUUCUUGCGCGCCUGCGGCCUCUGCAGGCGCCGCCUCGCCCCCGGCCGCGACAUCUUCAUGUACAGGGGCGACAUUGCGUUCUGCAGCCUGGAGUGUCGGCAGCAGCAGAUCAAUCAAGACGAGCGGAAAGAGAAGUGCUCUCUGACCUCCAUGAAGGAGGCCCCGCCGUCGACCAACGGCUCCGAGCAAUCCAGCAACGGCGAGACCGUCGCGGCCGCCUAGCUAGUUAGAUUCGUCCGCGGCCGCGAUAAACCUUUUUCCCUCUAUAGAAAUACCUCCCUCGAUCUCCUUAAUUGGCUGCAGCCUCCUGCGAAAAAUAUUAUAUAGCUGUUAUUUCGCCAUAAGGCGAAGCAAAAUUAGAUGAUGUUUUCUGGGUUGUAUGGAUCUCCAUCCAUUUUGCUGCACCUCAGUGCAUGUUAUUAGAAGCCUUACUACCGCGUAUAAUUUUCUCUGAUGCUUUUAGUAAUCUCCCAAAUUAAUUAAUCCUUUUGUUUUAGCUCUCUUUAA